UUGUGCGUGACCUGCAUAGCCAUCUGGAAUAACUCGAUUAAUGAAUAGUAUAUAGAGCUUUGCAUAUAGCAUAUUGUGCUGACGAGUAUGUUCGAGAAUGCGAUCUUGGGAAUGACCAUCUGUGACCAUCGUGGCGCUCGAUGGGUCGGCUUAGAGUGUAACGAACGAUAACACGAUGACCACGUUUGUGACACUGUCCAACAGCCACCACCAGCACCCACAAAAACACAUACACAUAUGUGUAAAACAAUACUUCCGGCUUGGAUCAGCCUGCGGAAGCAGUUUACCGAAUUGGAGGCCCAGGGCCAUUGGAAGCAGUUCGGCGAUGUAUAAAUAUGUGCGCUGGGAAAAUGUCAGCGUUUAGUUGCUAACAAACGGACAAGCAUAAAAAAUGUGGAAAAGAUUUGCGAUCUAUGCGGCACUGCUACUCUGCUUGGCAACAGUGCACACGGCUGUGAUACGCCAGGAGGCAGAGGCUACAACAACCACUCAGGAGUGGUACAGUACUACAGUAAAGCCAGAAGAAAGCACCACAAUUGGAGAGACUUUACACACGAUUGCGGUGAGUCCUGACCAGGAGGCAAGCGUAAGCGUUCAGAUUGGAUUAGCAAAAAUUGAGCGUGCAGUCAACUCAGAUGUAAUUGAAGAUCAGUUUGGUGGACCUGAAGUUCCUAUUAGGCCUCAGGCAAAAUCAGCCGAUCUGCUGCUGCUAAGCACGCCAGCCAAGCGGCCCGCUGACGCGGAGCAACAGCUAGAGGAACAAGACGAGAAUGAGGCAGCCAAUGCUGGCAGUGCUGAAGCUAGUGUACCCACCACGACCUUGUCCACUUUGCAGGAUGGCACCACAACGGAGCUGACUGAAACAACAACAAUGACAGAUCAGGGCAGCGAUCGCAUAGCAGCCACCACAAAGCUGUUUGCAAUAAAUGCAACAACAGCUGCGCAGGAAUUGCCCGAGCCCAACGUGGCCGUAGCCGUCGCCACAGACAAUGCCACUACAAUUUCGAUUGCCGAGCAACCGCAACAUGUUGCUAACAAUUACGUGACCGUUGAUUUAACUCUGGUGCAGCCAGAGUUGGAUUAUGUGCUAGUUGAUGGCAGCAGUGAUUUGGAGCUGGAUCUAUCAUCCUUUGCGACACACGAUGAAUUGCAACUGGGCUCCUUUACGCACAUUGACAGCGAUGUGCACUCCCAGCCAGUGGUACAUUCCGUGGAGAUUGUGCCUACCCGUGUCAACUAUUUGCAUAAUUUGCAUUAAGAUUUUAUGUUGAAAUACUUUUUAUUUUGUUAUCUCUUCAACUACGAGAAAU